UCCUUAGAGGGCAGCAGCGGAGCGUCUCAGGGACGCAUGCGCUCCCAUUUGCGCCCGGGGAAUUAAAAGAAAGAGGAAAAAAAAGCCCCAACAAAACACGCGCCCCAAACAAAACGCAAGUGGAGGAGAGCGCGCCACUCUGAGACCCCGGGCCGCGGAGGCGCCUCCGGCCUCGCCCGCGUCCCCGGCCGCGGCGUGAUGCGCACGGACCGGCCCGCCACACCCGGACUGUCCCCGCACCUGGACGCCGGCCGGGUGGCCGCGCCCCCCCGCGCUCGCGCGCCGCCGCCGCUUUCUCGGAGUCUCCCGGCGCCGGAGGGGCACCUCGCUCCCCAUGGGGCCGAGGGACUGGCUGCGGACCGCGUGCUGCUGCUGCCCGUGCAAGUGCCUGGAGGAGCCCGGCGUGCCCGAGAAGGAGCCCCUGGUCAGUGAUAACAGUCCGUAUUCCUCAUUUGGAGCAACGUUGGCGAGGGAUGAUGAGCAGAAUCUGUGGAGCACGCCUCGCGAUGUGUCCCACACAGAGGCGGACGACGACAGAGUCCUGUACAAUUUGAUAGUCGUUCGUAAUCAGCAGGCCAAAGAUUCAGAGGAGUGGCAAAAGCUCAACUAUGAUAUCUACACCCUGCGACAGAUUCGAAGGGAAGUGAGAAAUAGGUGGAAACGCAUUUUAGAAGAUUUAGGUUUUCAAAAGGAAGCAGACUCUUUGUUGUCAGUGACGAAACUCAGCACCAUCAGUGAUUCUAAAAACACAAGGAAAGCUCGAGAGAUAUUGUUAAAAUUGGCUGAAGAGACCAACAUUUUCCCAACAGGCUGGGAGCUCUCGGAGAGAUAUCUCUUUGUUGUGGACCGUCUCAUUGCUCUUGAUGCUGCAGAAGAGUUCUUUAAGAUUGCCAGUCGCACUUACCCCAAGAAGCCUGGGGCCCCUUGCCUGGCAGAUGGCCAGAAAGGACUGCACUACCUUCCAUUUCCAAGUCCCUGAAAGAGAGGCUGGGAGGCAGAAUUGGAAUUCUUCUGUUGGAACUCAACAGCCAACCGAAGUUGGACAAAAGCAUAUAGAAGAGAGUGAGCUAGCUAGCUCACUAGGGCUGGCUAGGUGAAAAAUGAUUCUGAAUCCUACAGAAACCUAUGGGUUUGGAUAUCUGGUCUUCAGGAGGACUUUAUGAAAUGUUCAGGCCACAUUGAACCAUCUGAGGAUGUUGCAUCAGACAGUUGGGUCAGUGGGCUGUUUCAUCUUGGGUGAUUAGAUUCUGAGAACCCAUUGACCCUGUUUUGGUUUUGGUUGUACAAUAAGCUCCAGUAAUUAAUCCUAUUGGGAUAAUUGGGUAUUCUAGUUGAUAGAACAAUAAGAUUAAUAGAGAGAGCUAUCAUUGAACCCAAAUAUGCGUUAGCAAUUUUUAAGUAAUUGUUAUAUAAUAUCGGCUACCACCAAAUUAAUACCAGGCAUUAUGUGACCUUUCUUUGAUCUGGAAGAACCUACAGAGCCCUGGAGGGUGUCAGAGGCAUCAUUUUGAGUGUCAGUCAUGAUUAUUCAGACGUCUAGUAGACCAGACGGUAGAAAUGUGUAGGAGUCCUGCUCAGAAGUGAGUUCGAAGUAGAGUGAUCCCAAGCAACUUCCUGCAGUUACGUGUAAGAAGUUCUGUCUUCACUUGUAGUACAAGCAUCUUCAAUUCCCAAUAUUACUGCUAUCUGGUUACCUCAUUUUUGGAUAUUGUCCAUUUCUCCUCCAUAAGCCCUUGAUAUUUUAUAUUUUAUCUGGGAUGCCAUCUGUAAACUGAAACAGUUGACCCCCACUUCCUUCUCUUCUCUUUAAUCUGUUUCGGGUUAUCGGCUGACAGUUGCCCCUGCCCCGGGACCACUCCUGCAGACUGGCAGCUCUGCAGGCAGUGUUACGUUGAAGGUCGUUGCUGGACUCUCUUUCCUUCUGAAGAUGAGUUUCAAAAGGGAGCAAUGCUGUCAAUACAGCUUGCUUCUAUCCACGGAUAGAGAAAUCCAGCUUCAAAAGUUACUUACUGCUUAAGCAAGGAGCUGGCCAAGAAAUCAUGGUUCAUUUUUUUUUGAGAAGACUUUCAGAACUUGUAGGAUUUAUCAGUACAUUGCUGACAACAAUGGCAAUAUUUUUACUUUUACAUAUUUUGUUGUUCUGACUUCAGGUUAAAAAGUAGCUGGUAUUUAGUCUGUCCAGGGGACUUGAAAAUUUCCAUCUCUAGACCAGCUCCUUUCGCAGUGGACACAAUGUUUCAAGUAGUUGUUAGAGGAGGUCCAUGCUCUCCAUUUGUUAACGCGUUGUAGACCAAUUUAACUGACAUAUUUCAGGAAGAUUCUUUCUAGGUUAAUAAGUAAGCUAAAAGUUUUAUUUUUUAUAUUUGAGCUUAAGCCCUUUCGUGUUGUUUAAACUUAGCCUGCAGAUAUAUUCCGAUUCUUCUGUAGGCUCUUGCAGCUUACAAACAGUGACACAACAAAAACAAACAAUAAAAUAAACAGCAAUGUCUUUGCAAAUUAUAUUGUUUUCAUCUCUGUCCUUGGAAUGUGUUUUGUCUUUCUGCCUUUUUGAUGUCAAAAUAGAUAAGAUUGUGUGCACUAUGGAGAAUAAAUUGUAACCAUAGUCUUUAUUUUUGGUAAUGAAUGAGUGAGUAUAAGAUUAUCUAUGAUUAUAAAAACACAUGGAAUUAUCCAGGAAAUUUUCUUCUAAAGAAUUAAAAGCUUUCUGUAUUUACUUUUCA